AUGGCUGCAGAGACACCCGACGCCGCGUCGUUCAAGAAGCGACUGCCCUGGCUCAAACGUCUGCAGGGGGACCUGGAUGACGACGACUCGUCGGACUCGUCGCUGCCGAUGACAGAGCCGACGCCGAAGCUCGCGGUGAGGCCCACGAAGCAGAAGACGACGACGAAGAAGAAGACGAUGCUAGAAACGGAGGGGAAGAGCUACAAACGCGCCAAGACGAAGCGCCAAGUGCCGACUCGAGAGGACAGCGACGGUGCGUCAUCUAACGACAGUGACGCUGACAGGCACACGAAAAAGCGAUUGCUGAAGAAGAAAAAUGACGAGACGAGCAGUUUCAUGCGACGCAAACGACGGACAGAAGCCGUGAAAGAGGUUUCCCCGAGGAAUAAGCUGAAAAAAUUGUCUAUUAAGCAUGACAGGUCCAGAGCAGUGGAAGAGCAGCGUACGCAGAAGCUUCACGAUCGUCGGUCAAGUGCUGGAAGGAGCGACGACAUGGCCAUAUCUAAAUCGAGACGAGAGAAGCCGUACGAAGUACGUAGAAAGAAGGAGAAGACUUGUGAUGUAGCCGAUCGAUUGUUUCAAAAGAAAGCGCAGGGUCUCAUCUGCUCUGAGGCUGACGUCAAGGGUAAAAGAGACUACCGGAUACGGUUGUCACCUCAGCCGAUGACUGAUGGGAUUUCGUUUGUCGAAGAGCGCGCUGAAAAGUGCAAAUUACUGAAGAACACUGGAGCAAAGAUGGCUGAGAAGACAUGUAAAGGCGCGACCUCCCCUGAUGUUGCUGUGAGCGACGAUGCUUCUGGCUUGGUCAAAUGCGAUGGUCGAGAUACAGUCACUACGGAUCUUGGAUCUACAGUUGACUUCACUUCUGUUCCUGUGAACAACGACGGCACGCAAGAUAGUGUACUGAAGAGUGUCAAUCCAGAUCAAAUGGAUGAGGACAACGGAUGUUUUCCGGCAGCCGUUGGUGAAAAGAUUGAUGGCUGCGUUCAGCCUGAGAGAUUAGGGAAUUUAUUCAGCGUAUCCCGUGAAUUGAAAGAACCUGAAGCUUGUAUGCCGGCAGAGGGAGCAGGUACAAUCGCAACGCUUAACACAUCGGGGGAAGCGGACGCAGGGCCGAAAAGCGUCGUCGCGGAAAGCGUUCCACAUGAUCCAUCGCGACCUCACUCUAAAGACAAAAUGGAUAAACAGCCUGAACCUGCCGCGCUGGCUGCACCUGAGCGAGGGAGCAACGAAGCAAAUAACAAACAGAACCUGGAGUCAUCCGUAAUUACGCCGAGCGCAGAAAGUUUGCCGAAAAAUGAGGACGGCUCUGGGAAGCAUGGCGAUGAGAAGAAUUGUAGAACCAUGGCACUUCAUACGAAGCCAACUGUUUGCGAGGAGACGAAGAAGGAAAGGGUAAGCGCGGUCUCGUACGCUGGUUCAUUUAUCAUCCCAAAGCGGUCUUCGGGGAACAGCUGUUCAGCUGACGAGACAGUUAUUCUUCCCGUGAAUCGAGCAAGGGAUAUCAGAGCUAGAGGAAUGACUGACACACGCUCGGUAAUUCCGUCCAAGCAUACUGCCGUCCCAUCUUUGUCAUGUGUAGACAGAUGUUCAAAGUUUUCGGCAGUGGACGUUGUUCACCCAUCAGCGAAGCGAUCCAAGAACCCGGUGCCGAUUGGUGCUGCUUCGAGCUGUUCGCAAGAUCGGGCCUUAUUGCGGUUGUCCAGAAGUCGCAAUUCCAUAUAUAUGGCGGUGGGAGAGCUUGCACUCGGGGCUACUGACUUACGCAGCAGUAAAGAGCUACAAACUCGGAUGAUGGGAUACGAAGUCUACGACGUCGAUGGAAAAGUGCUACCUGACUUGAUCUCCCGCUAUAGUUGCGCCACGAGUGGUGAAAUGACCUCAAGCCGAAAAUUGUACACAGCGUCAUUCUUUGGUGUGUCGCUCGCGCCGCCAAUAGCCGCUGAUAAGACAAGUGCAGCAGCGGUUAAAUGUGGUAGUGGUGAAUCGGGAACUCGAAAUGUAAGCUGCUACGAGGAGUUGCGGUUCGGUCGGCCUGAAGAUAGAGAAUUUUAUCAGCAAAAAAUGUACGGCACGGCGUUUGUGCCGCAGAAUCUGCGCGGCCAGAUCACUUUGGUCGUCCGGAAUGCGCGUUUCGAACGCAAGUCUACGGGGAUCCGUUUUAAUCAAGACCGUGAUCGAGAAGACUUUGCGGUUUCAUUGAGCAAGCGGUACACGCUCGGCAAGUCCGUACCACGCUGCGAAAUAUCCCGUGACAAUUGGCUAAAAAUGAUGAAGAAUCAGCUGGGCUCAGUGUAUUUGCACUAUUACAAUCGUGAAGACGGCGAGCGAGCGUCACAAAUUUUUCAUGACGAUAUUGGACAUUUGCUGGAGCUUCGACUGAAGCUUAAAGCCGGCGCGGUGCUUAAAGAAGAAAGCUCCUGCCAGGCAGCUAGGCCGAAGCUUCAUGUUAGCCCUUGCCGCUCGCUCUCCAGCGAGCGAAGUAAGCCAGAAUCUUCGCCUCUACUGUCGCAGAAUGGUGGCGCGAUCACUCCGCCACGGCAACGAGAGCGCCGAAUAGCGUCGAAGGGUGAUGAUAGAUUGUCGAAAAUAGAUCGCAAUGCGCCGCCGCCUAUAGGUCCUUGCGACCGGUACAUGGAGCGCCGAGACAAUCGGAAAUAUGAGCCUGGUGGUGUGUUUGACAACAACACAUAUGACCGACGCUCGCAUGUCGAUACGAGACACGGGGGUUACGAUGCUUACGGCGGCGGCAGAAGAUCAAGACCGCGCUAG